ACACCAAUGGGUAUGUUCCACAUGAAUUGUUGAUCAUAUGAUACCCGAAAGUAAAAUAUAUUCAGUACUAGUAAAAAAACGUAGAAGAAUACAUAAAGUGCUGAAAUUGCGAUAAUGUACCACACUUCAUACGAUACAGAAAAGAGGCAGUGGAAUGGUGUAAAAACAAAUCCAAGCUUCAAUUCUCAAACAUCAUUGGGAAGUGUUAUUUUGAAUACGCUUCUGGAAAAUGGGCUUAAAGUUGCUCAGGUCUGUGCGAUUACGGGUGCUAAAACAACGUUCAAUGAAUUGCACACGUUGUCGAUUUGUGCGGCGAAAAAGUUGCAAAGCCUUGGCUACAAGAAAGGUGAUGUUAUUUUGCUUUUUACAAAUAAUAGCGCGGAUGUUCAACCUCUAGUAUUUGCUGCUUUGAGCUUAGGAUGUCCAAUACUAGCAGAGGUAACAGUACAUGGAGCUGCCGAGAUUUGUCGCACAUUAACAUCUAUAAGGCCGAAGAUUGUAAUUUGUGACGACAAAUUCUAUCCAAUGUUAAAAGAAUGUAUGAUCAGCAUGAAAAUUAUACCCGAUUUCUUCAUUUUUGGUAAUCAACCGGCUGACACACGCCCUAUCAAGUAUUUAUUUGAAAAUUUUGACGAUGAACUUCAUUUUGUUCCAGCUAAAAUAAAUGCCAUUGAUGAUGUUGCAUUCAUGGUUUGUACGUCUGGGAGUACUGGAAAUGCAAAGGGAGUUCCACUCACACAUGCGAAUGUCCUGAAUAGAAUGAGUAAAAUGUCGUUUAUGACACCCGAUGAUGUGAUGAUAGGAUUCACUUCAGUCGACGCAAUUUCUGGCAUCAGAUAUUUAAUCAGUGGAACACUGAAUGGCUCAACACGAAUUGUCAACCAGGGCAAGUUUACGGUGGAACGACUUUUCGAGCUCGUUGAAAAAUUUAAAAUAACUUUCACUUCGUCGACGAUGUUUUGUGUUCAUCAAAUGCUUAAUCAUCCAAAAAUUGAAACAGCCAACUUGUCCAGUAUGAAAAUUUUCCGUGCUGGUGGUGCAACGAUGUCUUAUAAAGAUAUACAGAAGUUGAAUCAGUACUUGCCAAACGGAAAAUUUGCGCACAGUCUAGGAAUGACUGAAAUGGCUGGAGUUGUAUCAAUCAAUCUGCUUCAUGCAAACAACAAUUGUGUCGGCCAGCUCGUUGACGAUUUGGAGGCGAAGAUUGUGGAUGAUCAAGGAGAGCGGCUGGGCGUAAAUGAAAUUGGCGAACUUUGUUUGAGGGAUCCAUUUCUGUUUAAAGGCUAUUUGGGCGAUGAUGAAAGUACGAGCAAAUGCUUCGAUAGCGAGGGUUUUUUCAAAACAGGAGACCUAGCUCGAUUCGAUGAGAAUAACGAUUUAUUUAUUAUUGAUCGGAAGAAGGAGCAAUUUAAAUGUCUGAGCUAUCACGUGAUCCCGGCCGAAAUACAAGAGUUCCUGAACCAAAUCGACGGUGUGUAUGAUUCAUGUGUGGUACCAAUCCCAGAUCCAAACUAUGAUUCAUUGCCGGCUGCGGUGUUAAUAAAAGCGGAUAAUUCAACUUGCACUGAGGAAUCCAUUGAAGACGCUGUAGCGAAUAAUUUUGCCGAUCACAAACAACUCCGAGGAGGCGUGUAUUUUGUUGACUCAUUUCCAAAAACCAAUACUGGAAAACUUGCGCGGCGUUCAGUCAUUGAAAUGGCACAAAAAUUGUAUAAUGAGAGUAAAAAAAAGGCACAACAAAACUAACUUGACAUUCAGCCUAAUUUAGUGGUGACAAUCUUUUGAAUAUUCUAGAACAAAUAUUUUAAAAAGCAGUUUGUGUUGUUUUCCAAAUAAAUUUCUUCUAUUUUUUUCUCGUUAUUUACAAAAA